AUGACAGUGGUUGCCAACGAAAGAGAAGGCACUCUCCUAGCCAUGUCCAGCUUGCACCCCCAGGAUGACUCAAAGAGUAGCCCUAACCUUGAAGCAGAUGGAAUAUCUCCAGAGAUGCUGCAGGAGCUGUUGUGGUUUUUUCGAAAAGACGAUCCAAGUACGUGGAACUAUUGCAUCCUAGGCCUUUCGGUGCUGGUCCUGCUCGUAGGCAUGGUCCUCUUGGGAAGAAAUGUCAUGGCAAACAGAGCCCGGAAACGUAAAGAAGGUUAUGAAGCCAGCCAGCCUGAUGAGACUGAAACGAAACAAGCUUUUGUGUCUUUGAAGGAAGAUGGCAACUCAGUCCCCCUUGCAGAGAAUUUGCUUCCACAAGCAGAGAACGCUGGGCAGGUUAUGAUCCAGUGGAAAGAUGGGAAUAUUACAGCCUUGUUUGCAGAUACGCCUGAAGAGGAUAUAUAAUGUGGUUAAGUUGGAGGUGGAACCAGUAAGGAUUACUAACAGGACUGCCUUUAUUUUUGGAAAUCAGUUUUCAAAGCCAAGCAAAAUUCAUCAACUGGAACUUAAAAAGCAGCCAAACUGGGAUAGGUGUACAGCCCUCCCCCCUCAUGUUACAUGUGGUGCAGGCUACUGAAUCCAUCGCUAGUACAGAGUGUGUGUCAUUAUAAUUUAAAAGUGCUUCACUGUAUUGCAUCAGCUUCUGCAACACCCGUGUGAAUUGUGAAAGUGAGAUGGAGAAGAGUGACCAACACGUCCAAGCACGUGGAGAGUAUUCUCGGUAUUAAACACAUCUACAGCUUUUAUAUCAGCUUUGCUUCCGUGGCUUUCCCAUAAAGCUGGAGUGGGGAAAUUUGGGCCUGGGAGCCAAAGGCGUCCUCCUAGGCUCUUGAGACUCUCUCCAGGCCACGCCCCUUCCCAGGCCACGCCCCUUGCUCAUCCUGCUUUCCUCCCUCCUCCAGUGCUUUUGCCUGGCUGGAAUGCGCCCUUGAAAUGUGACACGGCCUCUUGCUUGACUGGAUGGGGAGAUGUACACGUGUGCGUGUGUGUAAAACUCUGACUUUUGCAUGGCUGGAAAUAAUUCAGAGCUUGGAAAAGUUACUUUUUUAAACUACAACUCCCAUCAGCCCCAGCCAGCAUGGCCACUGGAGUGGGCUGAUGGGAGUUGUAGUCCAAAAAAGUAACUUUUCCAACCUCUGGCUGGAAUGUAGCCCAAUGUACGAGGGCAAGAAUCACAGCUGUUGCUCCACCCACUUUUUGCCUUUGGCUCCCUCAACACUGUCUUGUGCCUCUCUCCUCCCCCUGGAAGGUUUCCCAUAGGGGAAUGCAGCCCUUCCUCUAAAGAAUCCCAGGAACGGCAGUUUGUGGAAAGUCCAGGGACUUCUCUGUUAAAGGACCCUGCUUUCUCUCACAGAAGUACAGUUCCUAGGAUUCUCUAGAGAGACAAGUUAAGAAAACCCCUAUAACUUUCUAAAUCUGCAAUGGGAUUUGAACCCAGGUCUUCUAAACUUCUGAUCCAGCUCCUGACUCAUGGACUGCAGGGAAGAUGGGCUUCCUGUAUAUCUUUAAGGUGAUCAUUUCAGCUGUGGUUACUGCUGGGUUAUCUAGAAUACUAGAAGAAGCACUGGAGGAUCCUCCUGCCCUUUCUCAGAGCACUUACCCCGAUCACUGAAGGUAGAUUAGCUACCUUUUAACCCUCUUGCCAUACAUACCCUUAGGGGCCUCUCCAGACUUCUGCAACACCGCCCUGAGAGCCUGUUGCUAUAGGGCGGUUUAAAAGUGUAAUAAUAAAAAUAAAGUGUAAUAAAUAAAAUAAAUAAUAAUAA